GCAGGGGGCGACAGUAGAGAGGAAAAAAAAUUAAUUGGAACAGGAAAAAACCUCCAGCAGGACCACAACCGGGUCGGUACCAGAGGCCGUCUGACCCGACUGGAGGUUUGAUAGAGCAGAAGAACUGAACCAGGAGAACUUUCUAUGUUACAGUAAAAAGUUAACAGCAGGAGACAUAAAACGAUUAGGUGAUGGCAGCAUCAUGACUGCUGAUGCCCCGCCUCCAGGAGGGAAUCAGCCAAUCGGAACACAGAGCAGGUGUAGACAUAACUGAGGAAACAAAAAGUUAAGAGCUGGAAUMACAGCAGAUAAUGCAGACUGGAGGGCAGUAGGAGAAAAAGUCAGCUUGUCUUCCUGCUUCACCACAUUUUGMCAAACCUCUGCAGACUCUGACUGUGACAGGCACGGUGGACGGUGUCCUGCAGAGUUUUGUCCUAUGGUGCAGAGCAGGUGGAGCACUAACGACUCCUCAUACAUCAGAGACCAGARCUCUACUGCACACGCUCAGACCUUCAUCACCAUCCUCUGCCUCAGCCCCUCCCCCUCCCUCUCCUCCUCAGUCUGGACCCACUCCAUCUAUCGGAUCAGAACCAGGAUGGAGCUCUGCUGCAGAACCUCGGCCGUCCUGCUGCUGCUGCUGCUUCCAGGGUGUUUCUCGGCCCAUGGCCGCUUCGCCCAGAAGCUGCUCAAGAACCUUUUCUCCAACUACACCAAUGCUCUGCGGCCGGUGGAUGACACUGACCACGUCAUCAACGUCACGCUGCAGAUCACUCUGUCCCAGAUCAUCGACAUGGACGAGCGGAACCAGAUCCUGACCACCUACCUGUGGAUCCGCCAGGUGUGGAUGGACGCCUUCCUGAGCUGGAGGAGCGACGAGUACGACGGCCUGGACGCCAUCCGCAUCCCUAGUCACUACGUCUGGAGGCCCGACAUCGUGCUCUACAAUAGUGCGGACGAUGAGUUCUCCAGCUCCAUGGAGACCAACGUGGUGCUGCGUAACGAUGGCCAGGUGACGUGGGACCAGCCGGCCAUCACUAAGAGCUCAUGUUCGGUGGACGUGGCAUUCUUCCCUUUCGACGUUCAGCAAUGCCACCUGACCUUCGGUUCCUGGACCCACAACGGGAACCAGAUGGACCUGUUCAACGCAUUGGACAGUGCCGACCUGGCCGACUUCGUCCCCAACGUGGAGUGGGAGGUUCUGCGCAUGCCGGCCAAGAAGAACGUGAUCCUGUACGGCUGCUGCUCGGAYCCGUACCCGGACAUCACCUUCACGCUGCACCUGAAGCGCCGCGCCUCCUUCUACAUCUUCAACCUGCUGCUGCCCUGUAUGAUGAUCUCCUUCCUGGCGCCGCUGGGCUUCUACCUGCCCGCCGACUCGGGCGAGAAGGUAUCGCUGGGCGUGACGGUGCUGCUGGCCCUCACCGUGUUCCAGCUGCUGGUGGCUGAGAGCAUGCCGCCAUCCGAGAGCGUCCCACUGAUCGGGAAGUACUACAUCGCUACCAUGACGAUGGUCACCGCGUCCACCGCUCUCACCAUCUUCAUCAUGAAUAUCCACCACUGUGGCUCCGAGGCCCGGCCCGUCCCAAAGUGGGCGGAGCUCCUCGUCCUCAACUUCCUGGCCCGGAUCUGCUUCGUCAGYGAGGUGGGGGCCAGCUGCCUGGGGGGGGCGCCGUCCAGGAAGCAGCCACUUUCCCGGCAGGAGUCCCACAGCCGGUCUGACGACAGAGGAAGAGGAGCCAGCUGGGAUGUCAAUGGGCGGGCCUGGGGGGGGCAAGGUGAGGAAGAGGAGGGUCCUGGGAGGCAGGAAGAGGGGGRUCAGCAGGCAGGAGGGCAGGAAACGGUGUGGAAGGAGGAUCUGCUGGUCACCAUCGACCACUCCGAGGAGAGAGAGGCAGAGCAGCCGGCCGGCGGAGCGACCCAGAGGGAGAUCCGGGUCAGAACCAGGUGUGUGUGCCAGCACCAGCGGCUGCUGCAGAGUGUGGAGUCCAUCGCUGGGUCUUACCAGGACCAACGCAUUGCCCAGCGCCGCGUCGCMGAGUGGAGGAAGGUUGCCAAGGUCAUGGACCGCUUCUUCAUGUGGCUCUUCUUCAUCAUGUUCUUCUUCAUGAGCGUCCUGAUCCUGGGCAAGGCUGUCUGACGGAUCCGACCAGAACAUCUGGACGGAUCCGCCGUGGCGACGCCAUGAGCAGCGCCACCUCCACUCUGCUGAGGUUUCUCACCUUUAUAGCUCAUCAAGUUUGAAGUUUUUCACCAUGUCUUGCUUCGUGACCUUUGAACCCAAACAGAACCAAGCAGAAUCUUAUCCCAGAACCUUCAAAUGAAGUCUGGUUUUCUGGAAGUGAAGAAUACAGUCACAUUAAAAUAUCUGAAGCAAUAAUGUGUAAAUAUUUGAACCAGGARAACCUGGGUCCGGUUCCCUGCAAGUCCAAAUGGCUCGUUUGGUUCUAGCUSGGUAAUCUGCYGAGUCAUUCAUGGACCUGAGAACUUCCAGAACUUCCUCAUGUUUGUUGAUGAUGUUUAACUUCAGAGGGUUUUCAUUCUGAUUCUUGAAACAUUAAAUGGCAACAGAUUAUCCGUUAAUCUGAUCAUUUAGUGCUUUAUUAAGGACAUAAAAUCAUCUAAAGUCCUAAAACCUGGGAGCUUUAUUUUGGACCGGGGUCGGUUCUGAUUCUUUUACAUUUUAUCCACUUUAUAAACCAACACUGCAUGAGUCGCUCACUGUUCAGUAAGUAUAAUCAAUCAGCUGAAUCUGUGAUUGUGUUGAUUUAAAAUAAAUGAU